UACAUAGACAGCUUGCCAAUAAACAGCCCUCCAGAAGUUCUAGGUCUCAAUGCCAAUGCUGAAAUCGACAGCUUCACAUCACAGGCGCAUAAAUUGUGGAAUCAUCUUCUAAUUCUUCGAAGAGACUCUGAAAGCGAUGGUCUAGGGGCUAAUUCUGCCGCUUCUGAUAUGUCCCUAGCCAGCGAAGUCACCGAGAGGAUUCUGCAGUCUCUUCCAUCUCCUUUCGACAGGGAAGCCUUGAGGGAAUCAUUGAGGAGUAAAAUGACUCCAACAACGGUCGUUCUUCUACAAGAACUAUCUCAUUUCAAUCGUCUAGUUAAUCAAAUGCAGACUUCUCUGGGCGAGUUGAAACGGUCCCUGUCCGGAGAGGUGGCACUUUCCAGUGACCUUGAGCAAAUGGCUAUCUCUCUUUGCAAUGGCCAACUGCCUAGCAACUGGCGCAACCUCGCACCUGAAACUCGAAAAUCUCUGCCUAAUUGUCCGCAAGUUGCUUGCGUGCGUGUUUAG